ACCCUCUCCCUCUCUCGCGCUUUUCCGAUUGAAAGAUAUUUCAUUUUCCCCAGGCGCUUUUCUCUGUGUUUUGAUGCCUUUACAUUUUCGUCUCCUCUGCUCGCCUCAGUCUCGCCGCUGCUCUCUCUCUCUCGUUCUCCUCUCCCUCUCCGCAGGUUCCCCGGCGAAACGCAGUUGCUGGAUCUGCUUCGAUGGUCUUCUCAUGGCACCAAAGGCGGAGAAGAAAUCGGCCAAGAAGAAGCCGGCGUUGGAAAACCUGGCAGAGGAGAAGAAAGGUCGCAGCAGCAGAGAAAUCUCCAGCGGAGAAGAAGGCGAAAGCCGAGAAGAAGAAGUGGAUGAAGAAGAGGGUGGAGAGUCGGAGACCUACAAGAUCUAAAGUAAGGGUUUGCUGAGGAGCAUUUAUGGGUUUGAUGUGAAAUGGAGAUGCUUUGUCCCGGUCCUGCUGCUGUCUUUGUGUAGCAGUUAGCAAGUUACUGGUACUGCUCAGGUUCUUAACAAGGGAAUUAGCACAAAUAUGGGGCGUCUAAAGCUGCAGUCUGGAAUCAAAUCAAUUGAAGAAGAGCCUGAAGACUGUGACAUGGCCUAUUCUAACAAAGCUGCUCUAGCAUGCAUGGUUAACUCAGAAGUAGGAGCUGUGCUGGCAGUCAUGAGGAGGUAUGUGAGAUGGGGGGGUAGAUAUAUGUCAGGUGAUGACAAGUUAGAGCACUCUCUAAUCCAAUCCCUGAAGGCAUUGAGGAAACAAAUCUUUUCAUGGCAGCAUCAGUGGCAUACCAUCAACCCUGUUGUGUAUCUGCAGCCAUUCCUGGAUGUGAUAAGAUCAGAUGAAACUGGUGCACCAAUCACAGGUGUUGCUCUAUCUUCUGUUUACAAAAUCCUAACUCUUGAUGUUCUUGAUACAAGUACAGUCAAUGUUGAAGAUGCUAUGCACUUGGUAGUGGAUGCAGUGACUAGUUGCCGUUUUGAGGUGACUGAUCCUGCAUCAGAAGAAGUGGUGCUUAUGAAGAUACUUCAGGUUCUUCUCGCUUGUAUGAAAAGUAAAGCAUCAGUUGUGUUGAGUAAUCAGCAUGUUUGCACCAUUGUGAACACUUGUUUUCGUGUAGUUCAUCAAGCAGGAACAAAAGGUGAGUUGUUACAGCGGAUAGCUCGCCACACAAUGCAUGAGCUUGUUAGGUGUAUUUUUUCACACCUUCCAGAUGUUGACAACACAGAAGGUGCAUUGAUUAAUGCAAGCAGCUCUAUCAAACAAGAGAUUGGUGGGCAGCAAAAUGACUACACUUUUGGGAGUAAGCAAUUGGAGAAUGGCAAUGUUAGUUAUGAUGGUCAGCAAUCCUCAGCAAUUUUUUCUUCCUCUGGCCUAGUUGAUGACAAUACAAUUGGGGCUGGAAGCAGAAAAGAGGCUGCUUCAUAUGAUCUGCAUCUCAUGACAGAGCCAUAUGGGGUCCCCUGCAUGGUGGAAAUAUUUCACUUCUUGUGUUCUUUGUUGAAUGUUGUUGAGCACAUAGGAAUGGGUCCCAGAUCAGAUGCUAUAGAAUUUGAUGAGGAUGUGCCUCUUUUUGCCUUGGGUUUAAUAAAUUCAGCUAUUGAAUUGGGUGGGCCCUCUGUUCGCCAGCACCCAAGGUUACUGAGUUUGAUUCAGGAUGAACUAUUCCGUAAUCUGAUGCAAUUUGGCCUUUCAAUGAGUCCAUUAAUUCUUUCAAUGGUAUGUAGCAUUGUUCUUAAUCUAUAUCACCACUUACGCACUGAACUCAAACUACAGCUCGAAGCUUUCUUUUCCUGUGUGGUUUUGAGACUUUCACAGAGCAGAUAUGGGGCUUCAUACCAGCAGCAAGAAGUUGCCAUGGAGGCUCUUGUUGACUUUUGUAGGCAGAAAUCAUUUAUGGUGGAGAUGUAUGCUAACUUAGACUGUGACAUAACUUGCAGCAAUGUGUUUGAAGAUCUUGCUAAUUUGUUGUCAAAGAGUGCAUUUCCAGUGAAUUGUCCUUUGUCUGCGAUGCAUAUUCUUGCUUUGGAUGGCCUGAUUGCUGUGAUUCAGGGAAUGGCUGAGAGGAUAGGCAAUGGAUCAUUUGGUUUAGAACAGGCUCCAGUGAAUCUUGAGGAAUAUACGCCAUUCUGGAUGGUGAAGUGUGACAACUACACUGAUCCUAAUCACUGGGUUCCAUUUGUCCGUCGUAGGAAAUACAUUAAGAGGAGGCUGAUGAUCGGAGCUGAUCACUUUAAUCGUGACCCCAAAAAAGGGUUGGAGUUUCUCCAAGGAACGCAUCUUUUGCCUGACAAACUUGAUCCCCAAAGUGUGGCUUGUUUUUUCAGGUACACCGCGGGGUUAGAUAAAAAUCUUGUUGGGGAUUUCUUGGGAAAUCAUGAUGAAUUUUGUGUUCAGGUUCUACAUGAAUUUGCUGGUACUUUUGAUUUCCAAGACAUGAAUCUGGAUACUGCAUUACGCCUGUUCCUGGAAACUUUCCGUCUGCCUGGGGAAUCACAAAAGAUACAGAGGGUGCUUGAGGCAUUCUCUGAGAAAUACUAUGAACAGUCACAACAGAUUCUUGUUAACAAGGAUGCUGCUCUCUUGUUAUCUUACUCACUUAUAAUGCUCAAUACAGAUCAGCACAAUGUGCAGGUGAAGAAAAAGAUGACAGAGGAUGACUUCAUUCGAAAUAAUCGGCACAUCAAUGGGGGCAAUGACCUCCCGCGAGAAUUCCUAGCAGAGCUGUACCACUCAAUCUGCAAGAAUGAGAUACGCACGACUCCAGAACAAGGUGCUGGCUUCCCUGAAAUGACCCCAAGCCGGUGGAUUGAUCUGAUGCACAAAUCCAAGAAAACCGCUCAAUUCAUCGUGGCUGAUUCUAGAGCCUAUCUUGACCAUGAUAUGUUUGCCAUCAUGUCUGGUCCAACAAUUGCUGCUAUCUCUGUUGUAUUUGAUCAUGUGGAACAUGAAGAUGUUUACCAGACCUGUAUUGAUGGAUUCCUUGCUGUUGCAAAGAUAUCAGCCUGUCAUCAUCUUGAAGAUGUUUUGGAUGAUUUGGUUGUGUCUCUUUGUAAAUUCACAACCCUCUUGAAUCCUUCAUCUGUAGAGGAACCCGUGCUAGCAUUUGGUGAUGACACAAAAGCCAGAAUGUCGACUGUGACAGUGUUUACCAUUGCAAACAGGUAUGGUGACUAUAUCCGCACAGGUUGGAGAAAUAUCCUGGAUUGUAUCUUAAGAUUGCACAAGCUUGGUCUUCUUCCUGCUCGUGUUGCCAGUGAUGCAGCUGAUGAUUCUGAGCUCUCAGCUGACACUGGUCAAGGGAAGCCUCUCACAAAUUCUCUCUCUUCAUCUCAUAUGCCAUCAAUAGGUACUCCUAGGAGAUCGUCUGGAUUGAUGGGCCGGUUUAGCCAGCUCUUAUCUCUUGAAACAGAGGAGCCAAGAUCACAGCCUACUGAGCAACAGCUUGCUGCUCACCAACGGACACUCCAGACUAUUCAGAAGUGUCACAUUGACAGCAUUUUUACAGAGAGUAAGUUCCUGCAAUCUGAUUCGCUAUUGCAGCUUGCACGAGCACUCAUCUGGGCUGCAGGGCGUCCUGCAAAAGGGAAUAGCUCUCCUGAGGAUGAAGACACUGCAGUUUUCUGCCUCGAGUUGCUGAUUGCUAUUACCCUGAAUAACCGGGAUAGGAUUGUGCUGCUGUGGCAGGGUGUUUAUGAGCAUAUAGCCAACAUUGUCCAGUCAACUGUGAUGCCUUGUGCCCUGGUAGAGAAGGCUGUUUUUGGACUCCUUCGAAUUUGCCAACGGCUACUUCCAUACAAAGAAAACCUGGCUGAUGAACUUCUGAGGUCAUUACAGCUGGUUUUGAAGCUUGAUGCUCGAGUAGCUGAUGCAUACUGUGAGCAGAUCACACAGGAAGUGAGUCGUCUUGUGAAAGCAAAUGCCACUCAUAUCAGAUCCCCAAUGGGGUGGCACACAAUCACAUACCUGCUGUUGAUCACUGCUCAGCACCCAGAAGCUUCAGAAGCAGGAUUUGAUGCAUUAGUGUUCAUUAUGUCUGAUGGAGCUCAUCUAUUGCCAGCCAAUUAUGUUCUCUGCAUAGAUGCAGCAAGGCAAUUUGCAGAGUCUCGUGUUGGACAGGCAGAGCGGUCCAUUCGUGCUCUUGAUCUUAUGGCAGGUUCUGUUGCUUGUUUAGCACAGUGGGCCCAAGAGACUAGGGAUGCUGUUGGUGAGGAAGAGGCUGCAAAAGUGUCUCAGGAUAUAGGGGAGAUGUGGUUGAGGCUUGUUCAAGGAUUGAGGAAAGUUUGCUUGGACCACAGAGAAGAUGUUAGGAACCAUGCGCUCAUGUCAUUACAAAGGUGCUUGACUGUAGUGGAUGGCCUCUAUCUUCCACAUGGCUUGUGGUUGCAGUGUUUUGAUCUGGUCAUCUUCACAAUGCUUGAUGACUUGCUUGAAAUUGCUCAGGGGCACUCCCAGAAAGAUUACAGAAAUAUGGAAGGCACACUUAUCCUUGCCAUGAAGCUCUUGUCAAAAGUGUUUGUCCAGUUGCUCCACAACCUUGCACAAUUAACUACCUUCUGCAAACUAUGGCUGGGGGUUCUCAGUCGGAUGGAAAAAUAUAUGAAGGUGAAAGUCAGAGGUAAAAGAUGCGAGAAGCUUCAGGAAUUAGUUCCUGAGCUUCUCAAGAACAACUUGCUUGUAAUGAAGACAAAGGGAAUACUAGUGCAGAGGAGUGCCCUAGGUGGAGAUAGUUUGUGGGAACUGACGUGGUUACAUGCUAAUAACAUUGCUCCAUCUUUGCAAUCUGAGGUGUUCCCAGAUCAAGAUACAGAUCAGCAUAAGCAGCAGGAAACGGGGGAAAUGCUGGUGUCUGAUCAAAUGGGUUCUGAAAAAGUGGCUUUGGAAGGUGCUCAUGCAGAAGGCUAAGGGGAUGUUGAGGGUUUUAGAACUUCAACCGGUCUUGUUAAUGCAUAUUAUGCAACUUGUGUGGUCAUUGAUCUGAGUUGUUAUUUGAAGCAGUAUGCUUGAUUCAGAUAUUUGAAUUUUCAGAUGAGGUUGAUGAACGUUCUCCACAUCUGAAUGCUGGCUGCCACCACAAUAUAAAAUGUAGGCACAGAUGAAAGGAAUGAUAAUCGAGGGUGCUAGUUGAAGACCUGGACAGGGCUUUCAGUUUCUUUGAUACUGAUUUUUGUCAUCUUUUGGCUGGUGUCAUUAAUCUUUGACUCCAUAGAAGCUUGCUGCUGUGUAUUAUCCCUGGUAAAGAUAGGUUUUUCUGGAUAUGUUUCUUUUGGUUUCUACAAGGGAUUAGGGGUUAGAUCUGAUUCCAUUUCCUAUUUCUGGUCGUUUUAAAAUUCCGCGAGGAAGAAUUUGACUCAUUUCGCAGCCCCUGGAGUUCAACAUUAAAAGAAGGUUCUUUGGUAUUGUAUUAACUUGUUCGUAUAUGUACAAUACUGAAAAUUACUACCUCAGUCUUCUUCUUCCUUACUCUUAAUAAAUUUUAUUGAAUAGCUACUUACAGAGCAUGAAACACUGCCUCAUCAUAACAUUCUUUAACAGAACGACCUUGUAUUAGUAAUGUAAAUUUUUUUAAAGAUGCUGCAUAUACAUGUUGGAA